AUGUACAUUUUAAACACAAAAAAAUGGGAUUUGUUAAACAGAGUGUAAUAUUUUGUAUCUUGAUAAUUCUGUAUACCUACACCUCGACGUUGUUGGAACCAAAACUACCAGUGAAUGUGGACGGAUAUGUUCACCCGGCAUUUAAACGAGUUGCAGACGUGUUCAGGGAAAAUGUUGAACUCGACAGAAAUCCUGGCAUAGCAUUUGCAGUUUACCACAGGGGUGAACUAUUAGUUGAUAUGUGGGGUGGUGACGCCGACCUUGAGGCUCAGAUACCUUGGAGCCGUGACACAAUAGCGCUUGCGUACUCGGUAUCUAAAGGUGUAGCAGCCAUUGUUGUAGCUAAAAUGGUUGAAAAAGGUCAUCUAGAUUAUGCCCGUCCAGUUGCCAAAUAUUGGCCAGAAUUUGCACAACAGGAAAAAGGAAAUAUCACGGUUGAGAUGUUGCUUAGUCAUCAGGCAGGUCUAGUGACACUUGAUGAACCAAUACAUGUUCGAGAUAUCAAAGACAAUCCAGAAAAGGUGGAUAAAAUACUGGCACGACAGAAAACAUCUUGGCUAGCAGGUACCAAUUUCGGUUACCAUUCGUUAUCGUCCGGUCCAUAUGUAGACACAUUAGUCAAAAAGGCUGACCCUAAAGGUCGGGACAUAGUUCAAAUAUUCAAAGAAGAUAUUGCCGAUGUCCAUGUCUGUCUUUACGCACAAUAACCCAGAUCUACGCUAGGUGCCAGUUUCUUCUGUCUUCACUUCCGGCACUGCACGUGCGUAUGCAAAACUAUACGGGAUUCUAGCUAAUGGAGGGGCGGGCCUGCUUUCAGAAAAUACUGUUAAUAAACUAGGAACGCCCAUUGUGUCUGGUGUGGAUUCAGUUACAGGACUUAAUGGUUCUUGUAGCACAGGGAUGCAAAUAAUGGAGAAUCCAAAGAGACAACCAGUGUUUGGACAUCCGGGUCACGGCGGUCAGAUUGCACUGGCGGAUGUAAACAAUGGUCUUGGUAUAGCAUUUCUCACUAACUACAUAACAGUCUAUGCGCAAGGUGACCAUCCACGAUAUUUGGCACUUGUCCAAGAACUUUAUAAUAUUUUGGACGAUUAUUUAAAGAGCAAGCGAUAAAAGACUUGAAGCAGCGUGUGUAUAUCAAAGAGAUGGAUGAAUAUUAUGUAUAUGUUAUAUAUUUAGAUGUUUUAACACGAACUUUUCCACGAAAAUAUUGAAACUCCUUGUAAAAUAAACGAGAGCUGUCAAAAGAUUGACAGGAAUCGUGCUAAAAUGGUGUUAUAAUGUUGAAGUGAUAGAGGUCUGCUUUAAGCUACUACAAUGUGUUUUUAUGUUGCUUUGGAUACGCGAAAAAGAUUUCUUGUCAUUUGAAAGGUAUUUUGGUUAGUGAGUGAUAAAGCACCAAGUUUUUUGAUAAGAAAGGCAAUAUGUUACCUCAAUGCCUGUGAAAGUGGUUAGCAAAAUAACUAUGUAACACAUAUAUCAGCUGAUUCGAACAGAGGCAACAACAAUAAAGAUACUAGCUAUUCUUUUAAGGGCAUUUAUUAAACAUAUAUACUAUAAAAGAAUAGAAUUCCUUUAAGCACCGAGCCCAGCAAUAUCAAUCUGGGUCUGUAUAAUAAAACCAACAUUCCUCAAAUCCGAAACUUUGGCUUAGACUUUAAGUCUCUAUAACUUAAAAAAUUGCCGUAACUUUGUAAUUCAUCAGUACUACUGAAACAGUGUAGUGCAUAGCUGGUAAAUCCAACAGUGAAACGCUCAAUAUCGUUUUAAAUGUAAUCAAUGUGUUAAUAAAUUUCCAUGAAUUACAUCUAAAAAUGGAAAAGGCCUUUUCACAAAACUGAUGAUACUGAAGAGUGGACGCUACUGUUUGAUAAGUGUAAGAGAACUAGCAGAUGUUUUUAUCAGAGAAUUUACAGGGACAAACAUGCAGCUAUAUUACCAUGGGUGGUAUUUGCUUUAAUCGUAAAGGACACUUUUGAAGAAAAUAUAAGAUAUAUAGUUACCUUUUAGAUAUAAAGUAAGAGCUGCUUAGAGUAAUGUGAAGGCAAUUCCGGUUCCUUCUUUUACAUUGGCAGGCACCAAACAGAUAGGCAAUCAGUAACCUUUAUUUAACUAAUCGACCUGACAAGCCCCGCCUCGAACGAGACACACCUCCGAUCUCGAUAUGCGCCUUCUAUAUUUGGAUUAUUAGUGUAUUAUAGCAGGAAUAAGAUAUUUACCAACUUGAAAUGUAAAUAUUUCAGAACUACAAAAAAUAUUUAAACUAGUGUAUUCAUAAACAUGUAAACUAUGUAAAAUAGACUUUACGUUAUCAAUGUCAUUGGCACAGCCGAUUUAUUAUAAAGAAAAUCAGUGUGGCUAUAGGAGAAAUUUGCAUCACAGGUUACAUUCUACCAAUUCAAUUCCUUAUUUAUUUCAUAUUAAUAACAAAACAUUCAGACCUCAUUUUCAGCACUUUAGAGCAUUUCAAUGAUAUGAAAACCAUAUAUGGUCAUUUAGUAUAACAUGUCUUCUUAUCAAAAAUAGAAAAAUAUUGACAUGUUAUGUUGUAUAUAAGAAAAAUAAUCUGUUCUGAGAAACAUCACCCUCUAAAAAUGCCCCCAUGAAAACAGCCGUUUACCAAUUACGCGUAGGUAGACAUUUUUCGCAAAGAAUAAAACUUAUUCCAGGAAAUUUACAAUGAAAAUGGUCUAGAUCUAUUCUCAAUACAAUAAGCAAUAAACAUAAGCCAAAAAUUUAACUGUCACCUCCUCAAGUCACUCAUUAUACCAGAUUUCAUCCAUAGCAUGGAACUACACUUUGGACUACUUCACAUGUAACACUGAGUAGUCACUUCCGGUUUGGUGUAAUCCGUCCUAACAAAGGUUCUUGUUAAACUUCAGUGGAUGUUUUAACUUUUAUUGGAGCAUAACAGGAUACCCAGUUUAUAUAUGACUCGAAAUCGCCGUUACAUAGAUUGUGCUUUAAGACCGGACGAUGUUAAAGAAAGUUUUUUUACCACUGUUAAAGAUAUCAAAUAGACAAAUUAAAUCGUUUACUAAGGUACAUUGGUGCAUUUUCAGUUCAGUGCAAUGUACAUAGCUUACGGUAAUUUGAAUCUGGUAACGUAGAAAUAGUCUGCUUCUGAUGUUACAAAAGGUCAGUAACAUUGUUUCUGUCGCUUACGCGUCGCUUGGAAGAUGAAAAAGAAACAAAACUAUCCCUGACAAAAGCGUAAGGGAGUCGACUCUUUGGCUAAGGGGUUAGAGAACUGGCCUUUCACACGAGCGAUCCGGGUUCGAAUCCCGCCACAGCUACUAGGGAUUUUUCAUCAUAAAAUGUUAUUUCCUCUUAGAAAUAUAUCCUCUUCAAUUUCAGUUACGCUCUUAAAUCGUAAGAUUGUAGUGAUGUUUAUAUUUGUAUAUUAAAAGUUGUCUUUUUUGUUGUAGUGCAUAUUUUCAACGUUUCUUUUGUGUGUUUUUCUAAAACAUUUUGUUUUAAGUGUUUGGUCUUACUAUACAAAUCAUACCUUUGCAAAUAAACAUAACUUUGUCGUUCGUGUAUAAUUAGCAGAAUAUUAAACAUAAAUUACGUUUUAAUGGCAGCCGUUUGAAUU